AUGCCGCCUGUCACCGAUGGUCAGUUCUCCUUCAAUAUCGACACAUUUUAUGUCACCGCGUCGGGAGGACAGCUUCACCGCCGUGCAGCUCCAGCUGAGAUCAAAGCUCUUUACGAUACUGCGACUACCGACAAGAGCACACCAGACCACCCAGGCCAUUGGUAUGAAGCACAGCUCCUCCACUAUGGCCUACCACCGUCAAAGGUCAAGGCGACUGCUAAGAUGAGGCUCUUAAAGGCCGUGCAAGACGGCGCCCUGAGCGUUCCCAAGGAAAGCCUCCAAAUCGAAAAGAAUCUGAAGAAGGAAUGGAAGAAGCAGGAUUCGGAGGAACCAGCAAAGACCAACACGAAGACGACAACGACGAAGACUGUUACCACCAAGACUAUUACGGUUUCUAAGACGGUUGCGUCCAAAACCACCGAGAACAAGACUACUGCGUCCAAAGCCGCGGCCAAGCCUGCAGCCGUCAAAACUGCGGCUCCCAAGGCUGCUACGUCCAAAGCUGCUAUCCCCAAGAAAGAUCCCGCACCCAAAGCCACUGCGGCUAAAACCGCUGCGGCCAAAGCUACCACGACCAAGGCUGCUCCUAAAGCCGCGGCCAAACCUGCUGCUGGCAAAACUGCAACUGCCAAGCCAGCUACGCCUAAGGCUGCCUCCAAGAAGGCUACGGCGCCCAAGGCCGCUGCCCCCAAAGACACGACAACCAAAAGUGCUACCUCUCAAUCUGCCCCAGCCAAGAGAAAGAGGGCCUCGAAUGCCGAGGAGACAGCCGACAAACCACAGACCGCCAAACGCCGCGUGUAUGGCAAAAAGACCCAAGACAACACAAAUAUGCCCACAAACAGCUACCCCGGGCCGAGUGGAUGGUCUGAGCAGCCUGAGCAUCAGGAUGCGCCUCCCUCGUACGAAAUCGCCUGCAGAAUGGACGGAGAACAUCACUAUGAUGCUUUAGAUGACCAGAUGGACAUUGACGGUCCGAACGAGUUUGGUUAUGGCCAUUAUAGCGAGUCUGAAACAUGCUCAGAGCCACCAUCUCCACCUCGAGCCCUGAAAAACACCCUGGGUCUUCUCAAUGGAACGUACGAAGUUAGUUCCCCCCAUAUCGAGUGCGAGUGGCCGGACGCUGUUCGCGGGGGGAUCUUCUUAUCUCUUCGCCUUAAUCGGAAUGAGAUUUGGGGGACAUACGAGCUCGGGGCGUUUAAGGGUGUACUGUGGAUGCCACAACGACCCAUGAGGCCCUCCUUUGACAGAAUUCCGUUUAAGUGGCGUGGGCGGGAGACCGGUGAGGGUGAGAUGAGCUUUGCAGAUGACCAGGAUGGUUGGAUUGAGUUUUUGGGUGAUGGUGAUAUUGUUGGGAUGAUCAGCUGCUAUGGUGAUGUCCAUUUCCGAGGGCAGCGGAUUGAUAGUUCUGUCCGCACAGCCAGUGAUCUGCGGAACGAAUGGAAUCGCUACAACGAAGAGGAAUAUGACCGAGAGUGCAGGAGUCGAUGGUGA